AGCCUUAAGUCGCGCCGAAUACGUCCUUCGACUCUGUCAUCACACUGGGGCGCGUGUCUCUAUUACCAUGGAAACGGGACGCUCUACCUUCACAACAUGGCGUCCACCAGAGCACGUUUAGAAAUAGUCGGUCUGAUGAACAAACAUCAUUUUCAAAUAGCCAAAGGCAUUGCAGAGGGAUUGAAAAAUAAAUACACGGACUCGUUUGAUGAUCCAGUUUUUCGGCCGCUGCUGGAAUGUGACUGGCAUGAAUAUUUAUCUAAAAAAAAGAUGGAGCUAAAUGGAGAAGUUUGGCAGUACACCGGCUGUCUGAUGUGCUUUGUAAACGGUCAGUUACUCGGAGAUGAGAGGAAGCUAUCCAGCUGGGCAGAGAGAGAGUGGAAGUUCUCUUUCCGUCGACCACUGGCACUUUACAAAGCCCUGGCUGAGGAGUAUUACAGCCAAAACCUACGAAGCACUGGGCACAUUUUUGUUUAUAUGGAUAUUGAAACUGGUGGAGAAGCAGCUGGCAGACUGCUGUUUGAGCUGUUUUCAGAUCUUUGUCCAAAGACAUGUAGGAACUUUAAGGCAUUGUGCACAGGAGAGGCAGGCAUGUCCAAGAGUAAUCUUGAGUUGAGCUACAAGGGUUCGAUUUUUCACAGAGUUGUGCCAAAUGGCUGGGUGCAGGGAGGAGAUAUUUCACCUGGAAGAAAAGGCAAUGGAGGAGAGUCUAUCUAUGGUCCAACAUUUGAGGAUGAAAAUUUUGUUGUCUCCCACAAUAAGCGUGGGAUUCUGGGAAUGGUUAACCGAGGUCCACAUAGCAAUGGUUCACAGUUCUACAUUACUUUACAGCCAGUUUCCUGGAUGGACUACAAAUAUGUGGCCUUUGGACAACUCGUGGAAGGCACAGAGGUUUUGAGGAGACUGGAGGAAGUGCCUACCUAUAAUGAGAGACCAAAACAAGAUUGCGUGAUAACAGCAUGUGGAGUGAUUGAGCCUUGAGUUCUCACAUAGAGCAAAUGGAGAACUUUUAACUUAACUACUUGUUGUAAUAU